GGAAGCUGUGACGUCAUGAUGAUGUUGAGUAACACGGCUGCCGGCGAGUACCUGAACGUGGGGGACUACGUCGCGCUGUACUCAGUGGAGACCGAAGGAUAUGUGUACAGCGUGCAGUCAAGCUCCGUCCACAGCGGGUUAUACAUAAACCACAACCAGGACCGAGAAAAACCGUCCAAAAUCCCUAACCCCCAAGCUGUCGUCUUCGAAAUUGGUAUUCAAAACCGAUACAAAUUAAACAAGAAGUACCGGAAAUGGGUGAACCAGGCCGCGUCAACGACAGACCUGACAGAGGACAAGGGAUUGCUUGCUCAGGCCAAGUUUGCAGCAGACGCCGAGAAUGCGGAUAAUGCAGCGGAACAGAAACGUCAGAUGGGCAAGAGAGUCCGGUACGGCGACAUCGUACAGUUGAAGCACGCCUUGACCAAUAAAUACAUCCACAUGUGUACCUCACAGACCAGCCAAACUGACAAAAACAACAUGGUGAUCAUGCUGCAGGAUUUCAACGCUAAAAACGCUCAGUUUCGUAUUCUACCUCAAUACAAAGUCAAGUCGGAGGGCGAAGUGGUUCAAAUUUAUGACCAGAUUGUGUUUGAAAGUAUUAAGUCUCCUGGUCACUUCUUUCACGCUAGCAGUGCUUACCAGAUCGACCACAUCACACACGGGUCAGAGGUCAAUCUUGGAGUAGAGCGGUCUGGAUUUACUUUGGUGCGAUUCCACAAGGGGAUCCCAGAACACGACCCGUACGUCAGGGGAGGAUCAGCGAUCAGGUUGUUCCACAAGGAGUUAGAGGCCUACCUCGUGGCGGAGGGUCUGUUUGACGAGGAGGUUACGGAGGACGUUCACUUCCGGAUCCGAGUAAUGGACCAGCACAAACCUCGUACCCUGUCACCGCCAACCUCCGGGAACACGUUUUGGCAGAUAGAGGCGGAAAGUGGCAUCCUCAACGGCGACAUUCUGCGGUGGGAACAGCAGGUCCGACUGCGUCACAUGACAACCCGAAAGUACCUGUGCAUUGAUGCUACAAAGGAAAUCUCGUUGACUGACGAGAGUGAGGAUCCUCGGACAGUUUUCCGCCUUUACUCAGUCAUUAGUGAGAGAGAUGAGAUCAGGUUCGAGAGUUAUUGCCGUAUUGAACAUGUUUUGACCGGAUUUUGGCUUCACGCACUAAAAGAUGAAGACUAUAUUCGUAAAAAGUUCCGGAACAUGGACAGCAGUGAAGACCAGAGUUUACGGGGACUGCGGUGGGACUCUGCUCAAGUCAGAGAGGUGGCGGCGAGCGGUGAGAGUCAAUAUGACGACGCCUUCACCAUUCAGUUUGUGGAGCAGGUCCAUCAGGAUGAGUUUAACUACAUUAGUGGGAUGGUACCAUUCCUCCUCAACCUUAUCAAAGACGUGAAAGAUAGACAUUUCCUUAAUGCCAAAAGGACUCAUGUUGUACUAACAGCAAUGGAGGGGAUACGGAAAUUCAUGAUUGUAAAAACACUCCCAAGUAAAAACAGACAAAAGUUAAUGAGAAAUCUGCGUGUUAUUGACCUGCUGGUGAAGAUCUUAAAGUGUCCUUUGGACGGCACAGCUGACGAGCAGAACAUGAUCCAAGUGUUCAAAGAGGCCUACGAGAUCCUCUAUACUUACAUGAUUGGCAAGAGCAGGAAAAACGCACUCUAUUUCGCCAAAUAUAUCGAGUUCUUCCAAACACAGUUCACACAAAAGGGAGGUAUAGGCCUUAACGUGGCCCAGAUGAUAGUGGAACUAAUACGUGACAAGAGGAAGAUCGUGGACAGAAUCACACACGAACAAAUCAACGAAUUCGUCGGCCUUCUACAGAAAACCCAGAAUUACCGUUUUCUGGACCUGAUGCACGUGUUGUGCGUAUGUGAUGACGUAGCUAUCCCAAACAACCAAUCAUACAUCGUACAGCGAUGGAUGCAAGAAGAACAGGGAAGAGGGAUAUAUUUGACCGGUCGAGGACAAGACAUCAACAGACAGCCAAACAUCCUCUACAUCACAACCAACGGCGGCAAAACUUGGGACUCGCUACACACAUUCGUUGACCCGAAGUCUGAAGAUUACGACAAAGACAAGCACGAUUUCCUAAUACAUCAACUUGACCUUUACAAGGCUCUGUGUCACGGUAGGAACGAUUACUCCAUCAACAUGAUCACCAAGGAGUUACGGUACCUGACGUGGGAAGAGACUUUUCUAUCCCUGAGGUCAGACAUCCUCCCCGACGCCAUUCGCGCCAAAUACUGCGAUCUCUGCACAAGUCUGUUUGUGGACGUUGGAAACAAUUACUCUGUACUGGACCAUCCAAACAUCUGCUUUGUGUACGAGUAUGUGGGCUCCAAGGAUGAAGAAAAGAGCCAAGGAGACUUCUUGUUUGCUAAUCUAAUUAAACAGGUGGUCAAAGAAUUGGUAGCUAUUUUUCCUGUUCUAAGGGACUGGAUUGCGGAAUUUCUACAGGAAAACAAAUGCAUGUUUGCUGAUGAUAUUGGACAUAACAUGCUUAUUGAACAGGUGUUACGACUGCUGUACCACCUAGUGAAGUUCGGGUAUUACCUAGACGCAGAGGAUGUGGAACAACUUUUACCUCCCAUGUUAAACCUACUGGACGGACGACACGACUUCCCAUUCAAGAAAGACAGGGAAAAGGGGUUCUCUAAGGAUGCUAUGAAACUAGUCCACCAGUUUCAAACGGUAGAGCGGCUUUUGCCAAAUCCACAGACAGAAGCUAUAGUCAAUGCGAAAUUUCAGGUAUUAGAGGUACUAGAUCUUCUACUUCUCUACCAAAGAAAUUCAAGACUCCAGAGUUUUGUGUCAAAAUUCAAAACAGCGGAGAAGUGCUGUGGACUUAAGAAGUCACAAAAUGUGUUGGUAUCCAUGCUGUUUGAUGAUUUUGAUCCGCACGACCAGAGCAAAAAAGCACUCAAAUUACAGAAAAGGAUAAUAAAGGACCUGCGAGAAAUGUUCACCAAAGCGGCCAUAUUUGACGUGGAAACUCUCACACGUGUAUUAACAGAUUUAUCAAGGUACAAAUACAACAAGAUGAUAACAAAAUCCCUCAGUAUUCUCAACAAAGUGUACUCAUCCAAGGACAACGUGUUCCGGCUGUCCAAGAAAGCUCAGAUCUUACUGACUCAAGAUUCGGCGAGAGUCCAUCGGGAAGUGCUGAAGAGUAUGCCGAUCCUGAGGCGGCUGGCAAAGGCAAAGCUUGACGAACAACAGAAAAAACUGAUGGAAACGAUAUUGGAUGACCUCGGAGAAUUCUGUCACCUUCCCAUGACGCCAGAUGAACCACAUCCAAUGAAUCAAAACAUCUUAAUUAGUAACGGAAUCCUGACCAUACUGUUUGACAUUCUAACCCAGGACAUAGACACCAAACUAAUGGAAUUGUAUCGAGGAAUGAAGGAUGUGUUCAAGAAAACGUUCCAUCUUGUGAAGCUACUUGCGCGAGAGAAUGACCGUGUCCAGUUUCACCUAUUUGACCGUCUAGAUGUGCUGCUGGAUGUGCGAGUGGUGGAGUCGGAUCUCGCUAUAGCUCUGAAAGAGGUAUUUAUGGGUAACCAGAAUACCUGUCUGAAGAUAAGUCCACGACAAAUCCAGAAGAUUGUGUCACGUGCUGCGGAGCUUCAGGAGCGCGCGCCCGAGUUCUUAGACCUGCUUGGGAUGAUAGUGAAGGUUGUAGGGACAGAUCUAACACUCAAACGUAACCAGGCCUACGUCAUGAAGUACAUAAUGCAGAACUACAAAAAGGUCGCUUACGUCCUCGACCUUGGCAGGGAGGAACGGGAGAGGAUCCUGACGAGUCCCAACAGGAUUUGUACACUGCGUUACUACCUGUGUCUGCUCGACCUGCUCGCUAUCUGUGCUGAGGGUGAGAACAUGUUUAUCGAGUCAUUAUGCCAGACUAUCCUGCCUAUGGACGAUCUCCUGUGGGUGCUCAACAACCCAAAGGUGGACAGCACUUGUAAGAAACCCUUCAUCCGCUGUCUUCAUCACAUCUACAUGAAGAGCAACAACACUAUGGUGGAUACUGGCUCAGGAGAAAUGUCUCACAACGAGGACCUGUGGGAGUAUCUCUCCAAUCUGUCGAUUGACAUGAACCGACUAACAGAUAGCAUCAAAGAAGAUCCAGACAAAAUUGCGAUUCAUCUGAAAACAGCUCCGGAGAAAAGCGGGUCGGCGAGUGCCACUGACUUCGAGUCAUCUGCAUACGGAAGUGUGCUUUACUUCCUGGAGGCAGUACUUCCAUUCCUUGAGACAUUCUAUCGGGAUUUUUACUACCCAGACCAGACCACGUUUGGGAACGAGGUUGACGAGACGGAUCACAUGGCAAAGGCAGUAGUGAUGUUCUGUGAAAUGGUCGGCCCGCUCCUCUACAAACCUACCCAUAUGAAGAACAUGGUGAAUUGCCUGACGGUCAUUGUCCCCAUCUCAAAUAUGCCAAACUCGAACAUAGACCACGUACUUGACCGGUUCUCCUCCGGGAUCACCGUUGAGGAUACAUCUAGUGCUGUACGACGGGGAAACAUAGAAUACUACGCUGAUGAAGUUGAAAUCAACUGUAAAUUCCGGACAUUUGCUAAAAAUGUGUCCGUGGUCUUCUUUGGGCACAACAAAGUUCAAGCUCAGCUGAAAGUAAAGUCUAGCAGAGAAUACACAGAACUCGGCGGUAACGAGGAAAUACCGCUAGGGGAGGAGUUCCAGAGUCACGUUAAAUGCUUCAUCCAUGCAAAUGAGAAAAAAAUAGACAAAAAAUACGAACCGGCGGCUAUAUUGAUAGAGCAGCUUCAUAUAUCGAUGGGUCACAAGCGGAUGAGCGAGGCGGCCAGACAGGAGAUGGACGACUUAAAUAUCAAAUGUAUCCAGCUCCUACGGGCCAUAGUACAUAACGAGGAGCGCAAGAUGCCUGAUGACUGGGAAACGAGGACUACUGAACCAAAAAUUAAAAAGGCUCUGAGGUUAAUUACCGGUAUACAGAAUCUGUACGACAAAAAGGGAGCGAUGAACAAGGCCUUACCCCACCUGUCCACACGUAACGAGGAACUGGCCAAGGAAGUCUUGGGCUUCUUGUGUAUACUGCUGUUUAACGCCAAUACCUCAGUACAGCAAUCCAUGCUGAACUAUUUCCUGUCCACACGAGAAGAAGUAUUCUUCAUGGCUGUCCGGGACAGAAUGGCCUUGUCCACCAACUCCAUCAAGGAAAAAACUCUGCUGAGUAGGCGUUCUCUCCAAGCCCAACAGGAUGCAAAGAAAAAAGAUGCUACAGAUACAUUUGGUACCAAGCUAAGGAAGGGAUUUCCUGUCAGUAUCAUGGCACUAAAGCAAAUUCAGGCCUAUGAAGAUGCACUACGGCAACAACGACUGUCAGGAUGGACGAGACGUCGACCACCCAGUGUUAAAUGUAAAAAGAAAAAGAAAAACAAGAAACCUAAAGCCCCGAAGGAAAGGAAGAAGAAACCAUCCAAGGUGAAGGAUUCUUCCUCUAACGGUCUAAAGAAGGAAGUAUCCUUCGCGUCCCCACUGACAAAGGAGGCCCAGGCACUGAUUGUGAACCAGGACAUGGACACGGAACUUAUCGCUAUCAAGAUAGAGGAUCCACCGGAACCGGAAAUUCAAAAUAAUGAUGACGACUCGUCGUUGGAAUACAGAAACGACGGUUAUAUUGAACUUGUACUCAAAGUAAUGGCACGCAUGUGUGACGGCCAGAACCAGCAUUUACAGGAUUACCUGCGGGAACAACCAGACAACGUCAAGUCAUUUAACAUUAUCGCCGAAGUGACUAGGUUCCUGAACGUGGUGUACUCCAAUAUAACCGGCAAAAACAUCGACCUUGUCAUACAACUCUUCGACACUAUGAACGAGUUCACUGCAGGGAAUCAGGAAAACAGAAUCGUCAUUUACGACAAUAAAAUUAUAGAUUACAUAAAUUUUAUCCUGAGAGCCGGUGACAUCGAGUAUUGUUCGACAGAAAAGAUACUUGGACUAAGAGAGAGUAUAGCCAAUUUGAUUCUGUCACUCAUAGAGGAGAAUGGACACGGGGCAUCAGAAUUAACAGUGGAAGUGAAAGACACCUUGGACAAGAAAUCCGUGCUCCAGCUGAUUACCGAGUGUUACGAGAUGCAUCAACCGGACAAGAAGAAGUUGGAGGAGUUGAAGAACAUCACAUCAGGCGAAGUUGGAGAACCGCAGUCUAAGAUGAAAUCGUUCGCAUUCGCUGGCGGCAGUUUCCUGCAGGGCGUAAUGGGUAACCAGAAGGACGAGAUGGCGGACACGUAUAUGGAUGUUGGAUUUCGGUUGUAUCUUAUUCUUGCCCGGAUGGGGGAUGUUGACCCCAAACUAUGCGACCAAUUGAAAAUGCAACCCUUACAGAUGAAAGCGUUUAACUUCUACAAGAAGAACUGUAUGUCAAUAGAACUUGUAAAGGACGACGAACUCCAGAAGGUCAACUUCCGGGUCAAAAACAAGCGAGUGUUGCGAGAGGAAGUAAAAGAAAGCCUCAAAUGGAAUGUCGACCGUUCUUCUCCGAGCAACAAAAUCCGCGACGUCAUGGAAUGGACCAAGGAUAUCAUGAAAGACAUAGCUUACCAGAGGAAAAUCCUCAGUAACCCCAUAGCUAUCGGUCUCACAAAGGGAUGGCUUAUAUGGAAUCACCUGGUAACCAUCGUUAGUUUCGCUAUCAACAUCUUGAUGCUGGUCACGUGGCAGGCAAAGGCGUCACUAGCGACACCUGGCAUAAUGGACAACACUACUGCGAUCCCCGCAAGUUUGAUCGACCCAAUUCCUGUCAUACAGAACCUGAAAGUAGGCGAGUAUGAGAUGGCAAUCUACACAUUGGGAGGCCUACACAAUUUCUUCUCCCUGCUUGUAUUCAUCAGCUACUUUGUCGGAAACCAUCCCAGGAUGCCUCACUUCCGUGCCAUAUUCAAGUCCAUACGAAACACGUGUUCACGUAAAAAGAAGGACGAUGAGUUAGAAGAGGAGAAGAAGAAGAAACACCAGUCAAAGCUUGAUGCAAAACUCUUCAGUUUCACCACAUUUUACUACAUUGCGUUCCUGGGUCUAUCGGUAGGUGGGACCAUCUACCAUGGGUAUUUCUUUGCCUUCCACCUGUUGAACAUCGUCAACAAUAACCAGCUGCUCGGCGGAGUCAUCAAGGCCGUCACACAGAAUGGUAAAUCGUUGCUAUGGGUGGCGGUCCUGGGCCUGUGUGUGUUCUACCUGUACGGUAUUGUUGGGUUCGCAAUGAUGCGGAGUAUGUUCCAACCGAGCGACUAUCUCUACUGUGACACACUGUGGCAGUGUACUAUCACUGUAGUACGGUACGGGCUUAUAGGAGACCUGUUCGAGGUUAUGAAAGCGCACAAGAUGGAAGCCACUUUUCAGAAGUUCGGCUUUGUUGUCUUGUAUCAUGUCUCCUUCUUCAUCUUCAUCACCACCAUUGGUCUCAACAUCAUCUUCGGAAUCAUCGUCGACACCUUUUCUGAGCUCAGGGAUCUCAAGUGGACAGCGGAGGCUGACAUGAGAGACACUUGCUUCAUAUGUAGCAGAAACAGUUAUGAUUUUGAACACCAUGGGAAGGGAUUCGACCACCACGUGCAGCACGAACACAAUAUGUGGGCGUACAUCUUCUUCUUCAUUCAUCUUAACGGCACCAAGAUCAAUGACUUCACAGCUUUGGAGCUCUACGUCCACAAAUUGCUGCUGAAGGAGAAUUACGACUUCUUCCCCUUGGACAGGGCCCUGUCUCUGUCGGGUAUGGGUAAGGACUCCACAGAAACCAAGAUAGACGACCUGCUGUACCACGUCACUUCUAUAGUAGAGAAACAACGCAAGGAGGAACUGGAGAAAAAGCGUCACGAGGAAAGAGCUCGUCAGAAGGUGUGGGAACAUAAACAUCGCCUAGGGUCGUUCCGAAGACGAGCUAAGCUUCCGGCUCCAUUAGAGAAAGACCCUCUGACUGGACUUCCGGUCACACCGAGUCAACACGAUGACCAUCAAUCUCAAGGUGCAGUCGGACAGGUCAGCCCUCAGCCACCCUCUCAGUACCUGAAGCCUGUAUUCCCGCAGCCAACGGGAAUUUCCGGUAGGACCACUCCAAGGCGGUUCAGUGACGUAGGUCUUGUCACCAGCAUGCUUGGCCAGCGGGCGGAUGCAUAUACCCCAAUGCCAUCCGCUCUGUCACGGUUUGACAGAAGACCUUCUGCUAGUAGCAGAAGCGGAAGUCCGUCCCGUUUGGACCACGAACCACAGAGAUUCAGGAGGCGAAGCCCGUCCAGGUACGAUGACGACGAACUAUUGCUGGGUAGUCCGGAUCAUGUCGGUGACCGUGCGAGAAGUCCAUCCAGAUCGCGCAUGGGCAGCGAAAGUGACCUGCGAGGAAAGAGUCCUAGUCCGCUGUCUCGUCGUGAUACCAUGACCAGCAUGUUGAGUCCUCGUUGGGCAGAUAGUAGGUCUGCAAGCCCCAGGGGAGCCACUGUCUUUUUCCCCGACACCGAUCCCUUUCCCCCACCUCCACCACCGCUGCCAACGAUGGACCGGCGAGGGAGUGACUUCCGGCUCGAGACGGUAGAAGGCCCACAGUAUUCUCAGGACUUUGAAUACCCGGAGUAUGAUCAGGAUGAUGAUUUAUAUUCAGAAAGGGACCGUAGAAGGGACAGGAGGGAUUCGCACUACUAGACAUUCCAUGGUGUAGGCUUGGGGAGAGACACGACAGAAUUGCAAUACUAGGCAGCAUUCCAUGGGUCGAUAUUUACUUUGGCGAGACAGGGGAGAUUCACAAUACUUAGCAUUACGUGAGGAUUGUAUUUACCUAAAGUUAGCAAUACGUAGUCUUCCACUGGAAAGGAACAAGAAAUAUUUCUUAUACUUGUCGUUCAAGAGGCAAAAUGCAGAUUAUCUAGAGGGAGAGUGAUAUCCGAGACGAGAUUGUAGGAUUCACAGGAUGUACUUUUAACAAUAGACGAGAGAUGAAAUGGAAUAGGCAAACAAAUAUGUACCUGUUACAUCAGCAUGUUACCAAGAACAUGUGAUGUUAAUACAAAAGUAUGUGAUUAAACGACCUGAAAUUAAACUAUUACAACACUUAAAACGUAAACUAUAACAUAAACUUGUAAAUCAAGCAUUCUAUGUUAUUGUAGGUUGUUUAUCAAAUAGUAGAUAUAACUAUAUAAUUGCCGUAUGUAACAUUGUGUGUGUGCAUGAAUACUGUCUGUUGUCGAUGAAACAGCAAUUAUAUUUCUCGAGACUAAGAAAAACAAAUGUGUCAAGGGAGGAAGCUAAGGGGGGAGGAGGUCAAGGGAGGAAGUCAAGGGAGAAAUAUAACAUUCGGUUACUACAUUAUGAAGCUCACUUAUAACUCAAGACUCCUCAUCGCGGUAUCCAACCUGUGUCAUUACUAUUGCCUGUCGAGAUCUAGUUCGACAAACAUGUCUUUUUCAAUUUUCUCUGAUAUCUUUCACUUACAUAGUACCUAAAGUCACAAAGUGUUCCGAAUAGACACAUGCCAAUAUCUGAUCAAAUCAAAUGAAAAUUCCGAAUGAAUGAAAGUACGCCAAAUAUUCUGUUCUCUUGAAUACAAACCACCAUACUGAUACAAUAGUUCAUUCUGAAGGCCAAAUGCUCAGGAUUAUUAAUAUACAGAGAGCAGAGCACGAAAGUUUAAUAUUAUACCAGUGUGUGUAUAGCUACAUGUAAGAUUGAAAAGGAAUAGAUGUGUCGAUAUAAAUUGUCCAUUCCGUCGUCUUACAAAACGUAUAACAAAUUGUGUUUGAUUUAAUAAUGUUGUAUACAUUUAACAUUCAUUAGUUUCACUGCAUAUGAUGUAAUAUAUACACAUAAUAUUGUAUUUUUAUCCAUUAUAAAAACAUUAUUUUCUUAUGUGUAUUUUAUCUAAUCACACUCUCCGUUGUGCACUUAAAGUAACACAACUUAUUGAUCCUGAAAUAGCACGAGAACUUUAUCUAUUGUAAAAUAUUGUAAUGGUCAUCCUCAUAUCGUACAUAUCCCAAAUAAUACUUUACCAUGAGUGACUGAUAUUGAUGUAAACUAAUUAAAGUUUGCUAUCUCACUUGAUGACUGCUUACGAUGUAACGAUUUAGAUAUUAUUUUAAAUUUUAGAUCACGUGAUAAAUUUGAACAUGUUUGAUUGGUAACAAGUAUUAUUAUUUGUAUUGAACAGCAGACAUAACCAAUAAUGAUUCCUUUAUGUAGACUUAAAAAGACAAGGGUUUACCAUAUACUUUAUAUACUUUAUAGUAUUUGACGAAAUCGUCUCCUGUUAAACUAACAAUGUCCUGAAGUUUUCAUGCUCAUUACACUUUCUGUCGUACGUAAAAUAAGGGGAGGUAACUACCACAGUGUUUUACAGAUUGGGCUCACAGAAACCUUACUCUUCAAAAACACAUUGUUUAAUUUAACAAAUUCUUAUCUUCAAUGUUUUCAUUUCACAUUCACGUGCCUAGUUACAAUACAAAAAGGUAUUUAGGAUGUCAUUAUGUGGCGUACACAAACACGUAUAUUUACUAUUCACAAAGGAUUUGACGAAGUAUUACACAUACUCGUCGGUAAUCGAUUGUAAACUUACAAGACAUUUGUUUCUUGUACAAUAUUGUAAAUAUCUAUGCAUACACGUAUCCUACACAUGACGUCACGUUUCAUUAUUUCCGGGUGCAUUCCGGUAUUUUAUCAUCACACUGGUAUACACUACUUCUCACUGAUUUCAACACGUACCAUGAUCGUUGUUCACUUGUUCAUAUGGCGAUUGGAGCAUUUCUUCAAAUCUGUCGAUAAGUGUGGGACUUCCGUCUGGGAACAUCAUCGUGUCCAAUCACGUAUAUAUGAAUUACAGUAAUAUUAAUGGCAUAUAAACUGGUGAAAGAUCAUCGUGUCCAAUCACGUUUAUAUAAAUUACAGUAAUAUUAAUGACAUGUAAACUGGUAUCAACUCACUGUAUCCAAUCAUUUAUAUACAUAUUGAUGUAUUAUAAAUUAUAAAUAAACUUUAUCAGAUCACCGUGUCAAAUCAUUUAUAUACAUAUUGAUGUAAUAUAAAUUAUAUGAAAGCGUUAUCAGAUCACUGUGUCCAAUCAUUUAUAUACAUAUUGAUGUAAUAUAAACUAUAUAUAAACUGGUAUAAGAUCACUGUGUCCUAUCACUUACCAAUUAUUUUUGUUGAUGGGCGUGUAUUAACGGUGUAAAUUUUACUUAAUUGUCACAUUUCCAUUUACUUGUGUUACUAUUUAUAUUGUGUUCUUGGCAAUAAAAGCUAAUCCAUUGUUUAUCUCACAUUUGAAGACGAUUGUGUAGAUUUUACACAAUUAUAUAUACAAGCACAGUGCAAAUGAACAGUGACAAUAUCUGAGGUGACUUUCCAGCAGUGUAAUGUCAGAAGAAAAGGUUUGCACGAGGUUGCGAUUGAUUAAAUAAUACGCUCUAAUGCUGAAUAU